UGUGUUUAUAGGGGACUUUAAACAACAGUAGUGACAUACCUUGCAGCAACAAGAGGACCAUGUGUUCAAAGGCGCUAGAGUUUUGACUGGAUAUCUGCGGUGUCCCCAACUUUGUUUCUGCUCUGAUUGAGACGGAUAAAGGUUCGGGUGAGGAUAUCUACUAAACAAAGAAUCACGAAACACAGCUGGCAGAAUCUGUGAGCUGAGUGGAUACGGAAAUCGAAUGGGUUCGUAGCUGUUAAAAAUAGUAACGAUGGUAAGGAUAACAGAAGUACAACUAAACACACAACACAUAUUAACACACAACACAUGCUAAACACACAAUACAUACUAAACACACAACACAUACUAAACACACAACACAUACUAAACACACAACAAAUUCUCAGAUCCAGAAACUGUAUCUCACAUCAAACACCAUCAAAGGAGACACAUUUCAGAGAGCUGCCACCCUCCAGUCUUAGUUUUUUGGAGCAUCAUCUCGAAAAAGAACCUGGAUAACUCAAAAAAGUUGAGGAUUUUUGCGUUAUUUCUUACACUGAAUAGUAGUGAAGUUUUGUCCUUUUAUUUCGGAAAGGGGUGGCGGGGACAAUCAGCAAAAAGGUUUUUAAAGAACGACAAUUCUGCCAGCGUUUUUAUGCCAAUCAUUUACACCAAGAUAAUAAUGUUCAGAAAAUGUCCUCCAUAUGACGGAGGACCAUGAAAGUGUUCAACAAGUCUUCAGCCAAGCUCAGAGGUGUCACCGUCUAAGAUGACAGAGGACUUGCCGCCAAGGCUCUCAGUGUGAAAGCACCAAUGAGACGUGUAGUCAAGCCUCGCGUACAGCCGUCCUCAGGUCUACUCCAAGAAUAUAUAUAAAUAUUGAGGUGCAAAAAAGUGGAAUUUCUAAAAAGUGAGGAACCAUAACUACACUUUCUCGUCACGAUCAGUGUUAGAUAUCGUUGCGCCUAAGCGAACACCUAACCUUUUCUUGCCGAUGACGUAGAAGGCACGUUACCAUGGAGCUACCCGUAUCCGGGUUGCACAACACAGGUGAUAUAACAUUGCACCCGCCACGCAACACCAACGCUGGGAGACAGGACAUUUUUUCGUGUGGAUUAUUUCGUUUUUUCGGAAUAACUGGAACCAAAAGACCUGAGAAGAAAGUAGAGACAUGUAUCAGAGGUAUACCCAAAAAUGAAGAUAGGGAAGAAAAAACAGAUAUCCGUUGCGUUCGUCUUGCUUCUGAUGCUCGUGGGACUGAAAUAUUCCUAUGAAAGCUGGACGAUCGUGAUGCCUUUGAUUGUCCAUCUCUGGCCAGAGCCAGUCGAGUCAAUGCAUGUAGAUGUCCAAGACGUUUUGAACUGCAUGGCGUACGGGCACUGGGAAACCCGCAAUCUUUCACCCGCCGAGCACAGUGAGAUAACACUUUUCUACGACCAGAUUCGUAAAGAAAAGACAAUCCCGACCAACCUUCAGCGUCCUGACAAACUGUGUGGUAAUGUCACCUUCCCAAACGUUGUGUACCGAGCUCUGUGUGACCCUAACGGCGACACCCCUUGCUGCUACAACAACGUCUGCACCAACAAAACACAACAUCAGUGCACCUGCACAGACUGUCGUGACACACGUCAACCUAUCCAUGCGGAGUACGCCACCUGGAGGCCAUCAGACCCCACCUGUCAGCUCCGACACCUGUCUCACAACGAGAUUUGUGAGUUGCUAGAUGGCGCCACUCUCUAUUUCAUCGGGGACUCGUUCGUAAGACACGUCUUCACGGCCUUCCUACUGGCAGCCAGGAACAACGAAACCCACGGAGCGAUGGCCAAAAAUACACCUGCGGAUCUGCGGUCCUCGUGUGCCGGCCUCUUCAUGUUCACAGAAAAAGUGUGCCGACUUCACGUGGACUCAGACACCAAUGUGUGCAACAACACAGCCAAAGUCAAGCUACUUUACUACUACAGCUCUGGCUCCGCUUCAUCAGUCCACGACGCCAUCAUCGGAUUGAACAACGUCAACCGCAGCAUCGUCUUCUUGGGAAUGGGCAUCCACGACCACUUCAACGAAGAGAAGGUCCAGAAACAGGUUCUUCUCCCCCUUUUGCAGAAAAUGAACUCGUCCAGCAUGACUUAUUCGAAACUUGUUUGGAUGGGGAUCCACUCACCAGGCUUGCUCGGUUCACCCAACUUUCCCUAUCAGAGUUAUGAAGCUGUUAAGCGAUACAACAAAUUUAUUGGUCAGUUCCUGAGAGAGUGGCACGUGCCAAUAUUUGAAGCCUUUAACCUGACGGACGGUACGGCCAGCUUCGAUGGCGAGCACUACGGACUUGGAGUGAACAGAGUCAAAGUGCAGAUACUUUUGAACUAUCUUUUAGAAUUACGAAAGAAGCAGAUGUGGUAAAUGGAAUUCACAAAUUGAUCUUAUAUUCCUAAACACUACACUAAUGUGCAAAGUUUUACAUAUACUGUAUUAACAUUGCAAUCUAUCCCCACUCUCCUUUUGACUCAAGAUGGCGGCGGGGUGUACUCUCACCAUUACCUAUGGGCAACAAAACCUGUGAAGUGGUACACCAUCUCCGGAAAAAGUUCCCCUGGAACUAUCAUCGCAACAAACCUUACACCUGGAUUCCAAGGCUUUCUUUGAAUGUUUUUUUAGAAAAUUGUUUUUCCCAAAGGACAGAGACACAAAUAGAGCAAGGGUAAGACUGUUGACAAUAUGGCGGUAAGUGCCUCUUUCGUCUCUAUGUUCACAUUCUGACCGGAGUCUGUGGCUACAGUCACCUGGUAGGCAACUAUGAGCCUUAACACGAAGGCCCGCCUCGCCCAAAGUCUCCCCUAUAUCCAGGACGACGCAUUCGGGAAACAGAUACUAAACACCCUUGAUCUUAUCCAAAAAAAAACUUUCAAGACCCAACAGCGGUAUUUAGCAGCCUGGCAUUUUGUUCUGCACCAAUGUUAUGGGUACCAAGGCUGGGGAACAUCAGCCAAAAAGUCUCAUAGCACAGUGGACUAUGGCACCUUCACAGCCCUCUACCCUCCCCCCUAUUAUAUUAUUAUAUUUCACAUUCCAGCGCGACCCAAUGCUACCGCAGGCAGCGCAACAACAGAUAACAGUCGCGGCAGGCCUGCCAUCAGCCCACUCACCCCCCAGUCAUCUGACGUAAGCGAUUAUCCACCUCCCCUGCCUCAUACAAGCCUCAAGCAUAGAUCUCGUCCACUCCCCUCCCCACGCAAUAAUCUUCCCCUCCCCCUCACUCCUCCAGCUCUUGUCCGAAACAUGACACCCACCCCACUCCUGUCCUCCGAGCAACAACUGUCAGCCGCAAGCGGACAAACAGCAAACGGCGGUGUCUUCCCUCCUACUCCUUUUUCUAAGGAAGGCAAAUUGAAGCUAACAACCACAAACAACAACCCAUUACAAUGGCUCUGAUACUGGGUGAUUCUGUCGUCGCUGGCAUGUAUUAAUGCAGGAUGCCAUUGACAGGGAACCCUUCCAGGUACUAUCGCUAUCUGGCCUAACCAAAAGCAAAUUGUUGACGGCCCUAAGAGACCAAAAUUCCCAGAAGCUCACACAAAACAAUCACCUACCGCUCCUUAAAAACUUUGUGGAAUCUAUAUUUCUUGCUGAUGUAUACAACUCUCCCCUACAAAAAUGAUAUUACAAACCCCGAGGACGCAGUCACUUACUGGCACAACCAGUUUCUAAUAAUAUACAAUAGGCAUGUACCGUUGUAGACCAAACGUAUUAAACACAACAUGAAGCUCGCUUGGUUCGAUACAGCACUUACAUCUAAGGUGGAACAAUAGCUAAAUAAUAUUAAUGACGAUCAUUUUUCUCGCGCCUUAUUUGUUGACUUUGCUAACGCCUUUGAUGUUAUAGAUCAUAAUCUGCUUAUCAGAAAAUUAUAAUUAUAUAAACUAAGUACCGGCAACACCAAACUCAUUACUUCCUUUCUCGAUAAUCGAACUCGCAUAGACUCUCUCUACUAUUUUCCUCCAAUAACAUCAGAACUACUCCAAAACUUAAUAUUCCCAUUCCUAGACUAGACCUUUUGAAAUCAAGUCUGAAAUACUCAGGGAGCGUGCUGUGGAACAGCCUCCCUCUUCAUCUUAGGCAAUGUUACUCCCUGAACUGUUUUACACGCCAUCUACAGAAAUACAUUCAAGAAAAUUAGAUGAGGCCUCUAGAGAUACCUCCCAAUUCCAGGAAACCUUGUAAACAUACAUUUUUCUUAACCACCACUUUUGCAGAUAUUCACCUUCCACUCUCCUUUGA